AUGCGUCUCAACGUUGCAAUGCUCUUCGCUCUUGCGACCACCACACUCGUCGCCGCCAAGCCAGUCGACGAGCCAGUCAAAUGGAACGACAGAGACAUGGAAGCACUCUACAAAAUCGGUGCAGUCGGCUGUGCCGUCGGCGCCUUCAUUUGCAACAAAAACGGACAAGUCCUCGGACAAGACGUCUUCCUCGGUACCGCAUACUGCUGUGCAGGCAUGGCAGCCGCCGUGACAGCUUCUCAGGGCCCUCGCUUCAAGGAGUCAAUUGCGGCUGUCGGUGCUAAGGCCAAGGUUGGCAAGGACGGUAUAGUUGCUGGUGGAAAGUAUGCUGUUAAAUGUGUCAAACAUGUGUGCAAGGUUGUGGCCAAGAAGGCUACAGGUGGGAAGAGAUCGAUUGAUGGGUCUACCUUCCAGGGUGAGGUUCAUGUUCCGUCUGAGGAUGGGUAUAUCGUUGCGAGAUUUGUGGAGGUGGAGGAGCGCGAGUAUGCUGAGGAUGAUGCGCUUCUUCCUCAGAUGGAUAAGAGUGGUAAGAAACAUCAAGAGUAG